UGUGGCCUUGACCUUCUUGGACUAAUAAGACCACUAAGGUACAUCAGACAUCGUUUCGUCACCAAAGCCUACGACAAUAAACUACCUAACCUAAAUGCCUUCCUUCAUUACUUACCCAACAAACCCAAGGAUAUACCUAAAUAGAAAUAUAAAACUGUUUUUUUUUUUCUCUCUUUUCAUUCAUAAUGUCGACUUAAAAUAAAAAUAUGUCGUCUAGUUAACCAAGAUAACCAAGAAGUCCUAUUCACUUCUAACCAACCAAGUCAAUCAAAUUUCCGUUCACGACAAUGGCGAAACGCAUUAUCCCUACCGCGAAGAUCACCCUCACCUAUCCUCUCUAUUCAUGCGAUUUCGACCCGACAGAUCCUAACCAGCUCGUCGUCGCAGGAGGCGGCGGACCUGGACGAAAUGGUGUGGGGAAUAAAAUAACUGUUCUCGAUACAUCCAACCCGGAAGAAUUGUCGGAAGUCACCGAGCUCGAACUCAGCAAAACCGAAGACAAUGUCACAACACUCGCCGUCGGUCCUCGAAGAGAUAGAUCCCUGACCGUAUUUGCCGGUGUCAAUUCGAGCCCGGAAGAUAUAAAGAAGGGGAGGAAUGACCAUUUUCGUAUUUUCAGUAUCGACCAGCCCGCUAAAUCAGCCAAGACUAGCGGUGUAAGGGUUUCCAUUUCCGAAAUCGCGCGCCAUGUGCUGUUUGUGCAUAAGGAUACAAGUGCCUACCAAAGACUCCUCCGAUUGUCCCACCCCUACGAAAAACUCCCACAAUUAGGCGCCGCCGCUACGGGACUAUCCAAGCAACCUGAGAUCGCGCUUUUCGAUGUACCAUGCGAAGGAGGCGGGAGGUGGAAAUCGAGGGGUAGGCUGGAUAUCCCGAAAGAAGCUAUGGACCUAGACGUCGUUCAGACGGGGCCCGAUACAUAUCAAUUGGCGUACUGCGACGAUCACCAAAUAUUCACCGUCGAAGUAUCCAAGGAGGAAAUAUCGGAGCCAAAAUGCGUAUAUACCAUUACCCCAGAUGAAGGUGCUACAGCUAAGGAUUCCUUCAAAUCGCUGCGCUACCUGACACCUGGCUUUUUGAUCACUGUGGUCAACAAACCUAACUCCCAGGGAGUUGCGCUGCAUGGCUAUCGCCUACCCGCCAAAGAGCAAGACAAGGCUCGGGUAGCGAUCAAGGCUAAACUUCCGAAGGGCGUCUCCAAGGCUACAGGUCUUGCAGUGAGGAACCUGUCGCCAACUUCGUCUCCGACGGAUAAGACAGGCGAGACCCAAUUCGUAGUUGCGGUUGCGGGGAACGAUGCUUCGAUAUCGCUCUUCACAUUAGAACAUAAAUCCUCAGCUAGGGUAGAGCUCCUCGCAGACCUCGCGCCAUUUCAAGUGCUCAAAGGUGUCCAUCCUUCCAAUAUUACUGGACUAUCCUUUUCCCCGUUUUCGCCGCCAAAAUCGGCGUCAAAGGGCAACACCGAACUUACCGUUAAGCUGGCUAGCGUCGGCGUCGGGUUCACGACAGUAGUACACAGCAUACCCCUUAAGAAGUAUGUUGAUAAGUCUGUCGCGAAAAGAAAAGGAGGGCCUCCGAGCCCGUCGCGCUACGUAGUUGCGCUGAAAUCUAAGGGCGAAUCUUCGGUCACGCCUAUCACACUUUUAACAGUUGUAGUGCUUCUCCUCGCCCUAAUUGGGCAAGUCUUUCUUGAGGCCAAAGAUAUCGGCAAUCCCGUCCUUGGGAUCAGGCCGUAUCUUCCCGCGUCGUGGACGCAGCCGUUCCGCAAAGUCGCCGCGACCAACGAAAAGUCGAUCAAGGAUCUACUAUCGGACGCUAACGCACAUCAUACUCAGCCGCUCGUGAUUCGACACGACGAAUCCGGGGAAGCGGACCCUCAUGGGCUGCCCCCUCUGCACGUCGGUAUCCACGACGAAGAGGUCCACGGCCCCGCCAAGUCGUGGGAAAACCUAAACCCCGAAGAACAACACCUCUGGAAGGAACGCCUGAAGAAGACGGGACAUUGGUUCGAAGAAAUGGGCGAGUCCAUCUUCCAGGGCGUUCUCUUCGGCGAGAUUGGCGGGGCUAUCGGGAAUAUAGUCGGAGAGGCGCUAUAGCGGGUUCUUUCUUACGUACAUAAUACCGCUACUACUACGACUACAUCUACACGUGGAAAUAAAAACGAAGGUGAAGAUGAAGAUAAGGGACGAGGACAAUGCUAUAAUCAUGAAUCUCUGAGAUGAUUAUGUUACGAAAGAAUGCAGGAUGUAUUAUGUGAUAUGUAUAAUAUUUUUGAAUUUGAAAAAAAAAAAAAAAAAAAAAAA